AGUGACGAAAUCGAAUGCGAUGUGCACUCAGUAUAGAAUCGCCGCGCGCCGCGAAAGCGCGUCUGUAUCGUGUUCUACCGUAUUUUAGUUUUUGAGUGAAGUUAAGGAUAUACACAUAUUUUUUUAACAUGGCGUGCCCUAUGAGGUCAGCGUUAGACGAGAGCAUGGCACAAGAAGGUGACUGCCUAGGCAAUGAAGCCGGCAUGCUGUAUGGAGAGUACCUCAUGCUGGACAAGCUCCUAUCAGCUCAGAGGAUGCUCAGCGCCGAAUCUUCGAAACCAGUCCAUGAUGAGCACCUUUUUAUUGUCACCCAUCAAGCAUACGAGCUAUGGUUCAAGCAGAUAAUCUUCGAAGUGGACUCGGUGCGGGCACUGCUGGAUGUAGAAGGUCUGGACGAGAGCCACACCAUGGAGAUCUUGAAGAGGCUCAACAGAAUCGUGCUUAUUUUGAAGCUGUUAGUAGACCAAGUGAUGAUCUUGGAGACGAUGACACCUCUGGACUUCAUGGACUUCAGGAAUUACCUGCGCCCCGCGUCUGGCUUCCAGAGCUUACAAUUCCGCCUGCUAGAAAAUAAGUUGGGUCUGAAGCAAGCAUUACGUGUAAAGUAUAAUCAAAGCUACCAGACCGUUUUCGGAGACGACCCUGAAGCCAUGGAUGCAUUGCAAAAAUCAGAACAAGAGCCAGCUCUACUAGCUCUGAUCGAGCGGUGGUUGGAGCGUACACCCGGCCUCACGACUCACGGGUUCAACUUCUGGGGCAAGUUCCAGGCUGCUGUCAACAAACUCAUUAAGGAUGAUAUUGAUGCUGCUUCUCGUGAAACAAACGAGACGGUUCGACGCCACCGGCUGCAGGACGCGGAGAACAGGCGCGAGAUCUACCGCUCCAUCUUCGACCCUGCCGUCCACGACGCCCUCAGGUCCAGGGGAGAACGAAGACUAUCCCACAAGGCAUUACAAGGCGCUAUAAUGAUAACGUUCUACCGCGACGAGCCGCGCUUCUCGCAGCCGCAUCAACUGCUCACGCUGCUCAUGGACAUCGACAGCCUCAUUACUAAGUGGCGAUACAACCACGUGAUCAUGGUACAGCGCAUGAUAGGCUCUCAGCAACUCGGCACCGGCGGAUCUUCCGGAUACCAAUAUCUUCGCUCCACACUCAGUGACCGUUACAAAGUGUUUCUGGACUUAUUUAACCUGUCAACAUUCUUAUUGCCGCGUUCCCUCAUACCCCCAUUAGACGACGGCAUGAAGAGAAGUCUUAACCUAACUUGGGGGGACUCCGUCAAAGAAAACGGUCAGAAUGGGGACAACGCUCAAAAUGGGGACAACGCUCAAAAUGGAAUCGAAUCUUCAUUAUAGGGUUGGAUUAUUGUUUGUUUUUUUUAAGUGGCAUUUAAUGUUAAUUAUGAAUUUAUUAUUUUUAAAAUGUUUGUUCUAGUAAGGAUUCUUACAAGCAUUAGCGAACAUUUUGAGCUUGAAGUAACUGUUAACGCUCUUAAAUAUUCCUAACAAGGGAAAUGAAAGUCAAUGUUAAUUCCAAUUUGUUUUAUUACAGCUGUUUUUAAAUAUGUAAAAAUAGCGAUGACAAUAAAAUUAUGGACUUUAAUUAGUUUGAUUUCCAAAAAAUAUUCUAUUCACGAAUCAAGUUAUGUAUGUGCUUUUAUUUUAAUUCAUGAUUUUUAUUUACUAUGAAAAACUAUCUUAAGUAGAUCAAUACAUCAUACCUACAAUAUCGAAUUUCAAUCCAGUAAUUGUGUUAAGCAAAUAACAUUAUUUUAAGUAAAUAAAUAAAUCAAUAAUUUA